AUGAAGCAGGAGAAGGAAUCAAAAAAUCUGAAGAAGAUUCGACCAUCAUCAGCAGCAGCAAACUUACAGACUCACCCUUCUUUCAACUCUGGAUUAUUUGACAAAAAUAUCAACAGACCGUCGACGGCUUCGUUUAGAGGUCCCGACACUGGAUUGCCGUUACAAAGACCAGCUACCCAGGCUGGAGGUCCCAGGAGAGCCUGGAAAUUUAAGAGUUAUAAUAAUGCAGAGAAUGAAAUUGAUGACAGUGUGAAACAUCCAAGAAGGUUGACAAUAGCAGCCGUGGAUGGAGUCGGGGAGGAUGAAACGAUUAUUCGACCUGGAUUUACAACGGGAACCGUGUCAGAUCAAUUAAAAUCAAAAAUGAAUCAUGGUUGGUAA